UUUCCCUAGCUUUUACACCGGCAGCCAAGUUGAGGUGAAGAUCAAAUGGGUUUUUUUUGCUCAAGCUAUUUCCACCCAACUUGAGAUUAUUGAAAAAAUUACAGUUUUUAUAGAGAAAAAAAUUCUCUCUUUUUUUCUUUCUUCUUCUUCUUCUUCUUGCUUUCUGUUGCUUGGAUUUGAACCUGUGAUCGGAUUACAGCUUAGAUCCAAGGGGGUUCUUGCUCUGUUUGGCCUGAAUCAGCUCGGAUCGAGGAGGUUUUGAGGAGAUUCAGGGUUUUCAACUGAAGGACACUGCUGAUUUCUUCAUCAUUCCCUGCUGAUCGAGCUUAUAGUCUAUAUUCCUGUUGAUUUGAGAGGGUAAGCACAAAGUUGGUUCUCUUGAAGACAACAGAAUGAGCCUGGCCUCCAGUUGGAUUAACGAAGGACUAUCGCAGGUUCAUUCUACUGUUUUCCACAUUGUGGGUCUCUUUGAAUCUGGUUGAUGAGAGGUAGUGCCCAUCAAGUGAGCCCCAAUGGGGCUCUAAACAAGGGUGUGGCGGAACUCAACAAUGACACACACGAGGAGCACAAAGAAGUUACGAAUGGCAUAGUAGGAGAGGGUCAGGGUCUGUCAGAGGAAGAUGAGUCGAGAAUCAAUGAAGGAGCUGUUCCUGCUGCGUCUCUUCAGGCUAGUCUUCAGAAGCAACAGAAACAGCAGCAGCUGCUGCCACCUGGCCCUGUUGUUCUUUGGGACAAGAUUCUUCCUGUUAGAACACUCAAGGUUCUGCUUGUGGAGAGUGAUGAUUCUACUCGCCAAGUGGUCAGUGCACUGCUUCGAAAUUGUAGUUAUGAAGUUACUGCUGCUGCAAAUGGUUUACAAGCUUGGAAAAUUUUAGAAAAUCCUACAAAUCACAUUGAUCUUGUAUUGACGGAGGUAGUCAUGCCUGGCUUGUCUGGAAUUAGUCUUCUGUCCAAGAUUAUGAGCAAGGAUACUAGCAAGAAUAUUCCUGUGAUUAUGAUGUCGUCGAAUGACUCUAUGGGUACAGUAUUCAAAUGUUUAUCAAAAGGUGCUGUUGAUUUUUUAGUGAAACCUAUUCGGAAAAAUGAGCUUAAAAACCUUUGGCAGCAUGUCUGGAGGAGAUCUCACAGCUCCAGUGGCAGUGUCAGUGAAAGUGGUAUUCAGACCCAAAAAUCAUCCAAGAGCACUGAUGUCUCUGACAACAAUAGCACCAGCAAUGAUGAAGAUGAUAAUGCAAGCAUUGGCAUGAAUGCAAGAGAUGGCAGCGAUAAUGGAAGCGGAACUCAGAGUUCCUGGACAAAACAUGCUGUCGAAAUUGACAGUCCCCAACCUAUGUCUCCAUCUGAUCAGUUACCUGAUCCACAUGAUAGCACCUGUGCCCAGGUUAUUUCUGACAGGGAAUUACUCUGCAAUAAAUGGGUGCCCACGACUGCUAUAAAGUGCCAAAAGCAGAAUAAACAUGCUGAUGCAUUCAUGGGAAAACAUCUGGAGAUAGGAGUGCCGAGGAAUCCUGAUGUACCUCCUGAAUCUCAUCCUAUAGAAAAUAUGAUGAGCAAGAGCACAGAGAAACAGCCUGAAAGUGAGAAGAACAAGGAUCUACUGGGACUUGAAAGUAGUAAUCCAUUUGAUGAUCUGGGCACUGAAGCUGCUGAUCUCGUUGCUGGGAUUGCCAAGAAUACUGAUGCUCAACUGGUUACUGGCGAUACUGCCUCCAGACCCUCUGAAAGCAAAGAUAAAAAGAAUGCUGAUACUAUGGAGUUACCAUCACUUCAGCUGAGUUUAAAGAGGUUGAGAUCUACCGGAGAAGGCAAUAAUGCCGCUCAUGAUGAUCGCAAUACUUUGAGACGUUCUGACCAAUCAGCAUUCUCAAGGUACCGCACUUCUGCAGCUUCAACUCAGGCUCUUACAGGAUAUGUUGGAAGUUGUUCACCUAUCGAUAAUAGCUCUGAGAUAAUGAAGACAGAGUCUACACAAAAUAUGAUAUCUAAUUCUAAUCCUGCUAUAGCAAAGCAAGGGUCCAACGGAAGUAGUGACAACAACGAUAAGGGGUCUACUACUAAUCCAGCAGCCUAUAAGGAAAAUGCAGCAUCUGCACUGCCUGCAAAGAGUAGUAGCCAUCCCUCAGCUUUCCACCCUGUGCAGGUUCGAACUUCUCAUCAAGUCGUGAUUGAGAAAAUUGAUGACAUGGAGACUACGACAGUGGUAGGAAAUUCAACUGGUGUCCAGUGUCAGUACCAAGUACAGCAUCACCAUCACCAUUAUCAUCAUCACCAUCACCAUGUUCAUAGCAUGAAGAAACAGCCGCAGGUGCAGCAGUCAUCAGAACAUGAGGAAUCAUCUCGUAAGAACAUGAAAGCUGCUGCCCAACAUUGUGGAUCGUCCAAUGUGUUUUCUGGUCCAAUUGAAGGAAAUGCUGCGAACUAUAGUAGUCUAAAUGGGAGCAAUUCGGGCAGUAAUAAUGGGAGCGAUGGUCAGAAUGGAAGCAGUGCUUGUGUCAAUGCUGGAGCAAAUAUGGAGACUCCUAAUGGCAUUGCAGAAAAACAUGGAGUCGUGGGCGGCAAUGGGAGUGGGAGCGGCAGUGGUAGCGGAGUAGAUCAGAACCGGCUUGCACAGAGAGAGGCGGCCUUGAACAAAUUUCGACAAAAGAGGAAGGAAAGGAAUUUUGGGAAAAAGGUUCGCUACCAGAGCAGACAGCGAUUGCAUUCUAAUGAUGCAUUGUCUCACCUAGACAUUGUCAUUUCAAUGUAG